UUCCGAUAGACAAAGAAAAUCACCGCGUUAUCGAUCAUGUCUCAGUCUAACAUUGAAGGGCAAAAGAAGGCUAUUGCAGUGUCUGCUGCGGUCCAGCAGAGUGACAACAUGGCACAUGCAUUGGCGGGCGCUGGAGGCGGUAUACUGUCAAUGCUCUUGACUUAUCCCCUGAUAACCCUCUCCACGAGAGCGCAAGUCGAAUCCAAGCGUGCCCAUUCCACGACGUACGACGCAAUACGCCGCAUCAUUCAACGAGAGGGGGUUUCUGGGCUCUAUUCCGGUCUUGAAUCUGCGCUCUUUGGCAUCAGCGUCACGAACUUCGUCUACUACUAUUGGUACGAAUGGACGCGUUCGGCUUUCGAAAAGGCGGCUGCGCGGGCGGGGCGGUCCUCAAAGAAGCUCACGACGGCGGAGUCAAUGAUCGCGGGCGCUAUCGCCGGGAGUGCGACGGUCCUGAUCACAAACCCUAUAUGGGUUGUAAACACCAGAAUGACAGCCCGCAAGUCCGAGUCGGAGCAAGAAACAUUGCCAGGGACUCCUCCCAAGAAGUCGCGGGCCUCUACAAUUAGUACAUUGUUGGACUUGCUCCGGCAAGAGGGGCCCAAGGCUCUCUUUGCUGGUGUUUUGCCAGCCCUCAUUCUGGUUAUCAACCCGAUUCUACAGUACACAAUCUUUGAACAGCUGAAGAAUAUUGUGGAGCGUCGUAGGCGUAUGACGCCAAAGGAUGCGUUCUAUCUUGGGGCGCUUGGUAAGAUACUGGCAACUUCGAUCACCUAUCCCUAUAUUACAGUGAAGAGCCGCAUGCAUGUCGCUAGUAAAGAUGGCCCUAAGGAGAGUCUGAACGGGAGCCUGAAGAGAAUCGUCAAGGAAGAGGGUUUUGUGGGCCUUUACAGAGGUAUAGUACUGACAAUGGGGGAGCCAUGCAAACUUAUGCUAAUAUCAUAUGACAGGCAUUGGGCCAAAGGUCACACAGAGCGCCAUUACCGCAGCUUUCUUGUUUGGGUUCAAGGACGUUCUUUAUGACCUUAUGGUCUCUCUUCGUAAGAGGAACCGGGCAAUUUCCAAGUGAAAC